AUGGACAGAGAAGAUAGUAACAAUUCCGAUUAUAGGGAUGAGGACAAUUCCCAUAACAAUCAUAACCUCCAUCAUUAUGUAGAUGAUGAUAGCGAUAGUGAUGAAUAUCAUAUAGAUUCAUCUUCUCAUGAUGAAGACGAUGAAGACGGCAUAGUAGAAGAUGAUGAUGAAGACGAUGAUGAAGAGGUUCAUGGAUUCCACAAUGGUGAUUUCAACCCCAACAGUUUCUUUCAACAAUUUACCGCAAAUGCUGGUUCGUCUGAAGGAGGAAGAAAUUUGGAAGACAUGUUACCUGGUUUGUUUUCAAUGAUGAAUGGUGGGAGAGUUCCAAGUGGAAUGGGUUCUACAAAUAGUAGAGACUCAAGAAUAAGUAAAUUGGUUGAUAAUGUCGUCAAGGCAAAUGAAGAUCCAUAUAUUGCAAUGGAAUCUUUGAAGGAGCUCUCUGAAAAUAUGUUGAUGAUGAAUCAACUUGUGGUCGAUAGAGCUAUUCCAACAGAAAAAUUAGUUAAUUCAUUAGUUAACGUUUUAUCAAAUCCAUUCCUUGCUGCAGAGAUGGAAUUACAAAUGCAAGCUUGUAGGUGUCUUUACAAUUUAUUUGAAGUUAACCCUGAAAGUAUAUCAUUAGCGGUAGAAAAGAAGGUGAUUCAAGUACUUAAAGAAAAAUUAUCAGAAAUAAAUUUUAUUGAUUUAGCUGAACAAGUGUUAGAGACCUUAGAAUAUAUAUCAAGAGUUCAUGGGAGAGAGAUAUUAAAAGCAGGCGAUUUGACAUGUUACAUUCAAUAUUAUGAUUUCUUCACUAUUCAUGCUCAGAGGAAAGCUAUUGCUAUAGUGGCAAAUGCAUGUGCAAGAGUUCAUAUAACCGAGUUCAAUAUUGUUAAAGAUGCAAUGGUGGUCAUUGCACCAAUCUUUCAAAACGCUUCUGAUAAGAAUAUCUUAAGUAGGCUACUUUAUGCUCUGUAUGGUAUUGUUCGUGGUGUCGAUGAAACGAAUGUGUUAGAAGAAAUUAUCACCACAAAUAUCUUAGAACAUUUGCUAUUAUUAACAUCAAGCUCAGAUGUUUCGCUUGAUGAUAAAUUGAAUUGUUAUGAUAUCCUUACCAAAAUAGUUGCUAAUAGUAGAGUUCUCUCAAGAAAUAUUAUUGAGAACUGCAACAUAUCCCAAGUAAUACUCCGUUGUUUAAACAGUUAUAGUAAGAGUCCAGACGCUGCACUUCAUGAAACCUUAAUGUUUGUACCAAAUGAUAUUUUACUUAGAAUCGGAAGAUUUAUAGCAUUACUUUUACCACCUGAAGAAGAUCAAAAAAUUUCUAUGGAACAAUCUACGUAUGAUUCACCCUUUGGUGAAGAAUCAACAUUAAAAUCUUUAGUAGAUAAUUUGACACCCAUAUUUGUUGACAUAUACAUGAAUUCGAUGGACUUCCCCGUUAGAAAAUACAUAUUGAUAUCUUUGAUAAGAUUAUUGUCAUGUAUACCAAAAGAUACACCUUGUAAUGACAAAAUCAAUACAGAAUUGAUGAGACUUAUUGGUUCAGCUUUGGCUCAAAAUAAAACACAUAUUACUGAUAAUAAAAAACUUUCGAACGAUAUAGGUGUUCUUAUCGUGGGUAUUCUCCAAGUGAUAACAUUGUUGAUAAAAAAAUCCAAAGGAGAUGUCAUCUCUCUUUUGAAAAGGGAAGGUAUUACCGAGUUAGUCGGAUCAUUUCCAAGUGAAUUUAAUACUACUAAAAUAGAUCCUUCAUUAGUUUUCGAAGAGAGUAAUGAUGACAAUGAUAAUGAUGAUGAUGACGACGAAUAUUCUGGCUAUGAUAGUGAACUUGGAGAUGAAGAUGAGGGUUUUUUCAAAAUAGUAGGUUCUGAUUUUGACUUUCCUGAUUGUGUUAAACCUAAGAAAAUGAAAUUUUGGAUCUUUAGACCAAGAUCUUCUGUUAUUCUAGUAGAUGAAAUUGUAGAUGAAUGCAAGCUGAUUCUAGAUAACUUAAAUAAGGAAUCGUCUACAGGUUCUAGUCAAUUGAAUGAAAUACACACUCUUGUUGAAAAGCUUGACCAAAUUGAUAUUGAUACUACAAAAUAUGUAGAUUUGCUCCAAUACUGGACUCUGGUGAGAGAAUGCAUCUUUAGAACAGAUUUUACUCUUUCGCCAUUCGAAUUUAUCUCUUCAGGACUAUCUUUAGCGAUAAGUUCAAAAAUCAAAGUUUUGGCUAGUACAUCGAACAAUAAUAAACGGGUACUAAUCGAAGUAUUCGGAGAAAAGUUGGCCAAUUUUAUAGAUAUCCUUCAGGCGGCCCUAACUAGAACUGAAACAUUCGAAAUCGUUGACUGUGGUUUGCAAGGUUCCGAGGGAGGUAUGGCAUCAUUAGGGAAGCAAAUUACAAUCGAAUUAGUUCCGAUCAGUAAUUCUGAGGGGGAUAAGUUUACCAAAUCAUUCAAACCAACUAUAAUAUCGAUUCAGUGCAUAAGUUCGUUCAAGACAUGUUGCGAAUUUUUAAAGAGUCGUCUACUUAAUAUAAGUUUUGUGGAGUCUAUGCUUGGAAAUGAGACUUGUGGGAUCAAUACAGAAGAGGUAAAAGCAAUAAAGGCCUUAAACGAUUCUGAUUUUCUAUUUAGGAUCGAUGGAAACCCAAUAUCUGUUAACGAAACAAUAUUUGGUGCAGUGUUUAAACAUGUAGCAAAAACUCAAGAGGAGAUGAAAGACUUUUGGACAAAACCUCACUCUAUUAAAUUUAGCAUCAACAUGAAGAAAUUAAAAAGGUUCGAAGAAUUACCAGAUACUGGCGGUAAUAGAGCAUCUAUUGAAGAGAAUAUCUCAGACAUUGAAAUGGAAAAUGAUGACGAAACAGAUACCACUGUUACAGCUCCUUCGGAUGACAUGAUCAUUAAUAGUGUAUAUGGACUUAAGAAGAAUACUCAGACUAAUUUAACUCCGGUAGAUCACAUAUUAUACAUUCUUAAAUUUUUAAGAGCUAAUAUGGAUAAUACAGAUGUAUUCAUCAAUUCUAAGCUGAGCGCAAAGUUAGCUAAACAAUUAGAUGAACCCUUGAUCAUCGCUGGUGGUGCCCUACCAGAUUGGACAUUGUAUUUGACUAGGGAUUUCUCAUUCUUAUUCCCAUUCGAAUCAAGAAUAUUCUUCCUAAAAUGUGUAUCAUUUGGUUAUGGUAGACUAAUACAAUUAUGGAAAAGUAAAGCUGAAGUUGGUAAAGAUUUAUCUAGCGAUAAUCCAAUUCUCCAAUUAGGUCGUAUUACAAGACACAAAUUAAGAAUCCCAAGGGAUAAAAUAUUUUUAACUGGGUUAAAGAUUUUAGAUAAAUACGGAUCUAACCCAAGUAUCUUAGAGAUGGAAUAUCAAGAUGAAGUAGGUACUGGUUUAGGUCCUACUUUAGAAUUUUAUGCUACUAUGUCAAUGGAUUUUUCUAGAAAGUCACUAGGCAUGUGGAGGACUGAUAAUUAUAACUCUGAGAGUGAUGAGUCUGAUAGUGAUACCAACCAUGAGUACGUUACACAACUACUAUUCCCUGCGACAAUGGAUCCUUUAAUUGAAAAAAGAGGUAAAGUUAAGGAAUUAUUUUUUUAUUUGGGUGAAUUUAUUGCCAGAUCGAUGUUGGAUAAUAGAAUUCUCGAUUUUAAUUUUAAUAUACUAUUUUUCUCUUUGACACAUGAGUUAGCCAGGAACCACACUCUGCCAGAUUACAUGGCAAACGUUGAACAUUCAAUUGACAUGAUUUCUUACGUUGAUAAACAGAUUGGGAAUUCAUUGAAGUAUAUGUAUGAGAACAGGGAUAACUCAGAGAAUAUUGAUGAAUUAUACUUAACAUUUAUUGUACCUGGUACAACAAUACCUCUAAUCGAAAAUGGGGACGAUAUCAGUGUAACUUCUACAAACAUUCUAGAGUAUAUUGGUUUAUUAAUAUCUGCGUUAAUUGGUAAUGGUAUCAAACAACAGUUACAGUCAUUUAUUGAUGGGUUUUCUAAAGGAUUCCCAUACACUAAUCUUCUAAUCUUAUCCCCUGAUGAGUUAAUUGAUAUUUUUGGCCGUGUGGAAGAAGAUUGGUCAAAAGAAACAUUAUACAGUUGCAUUGUUAGUGAUCACGGUUAUAAUAUGGAUUCCACCACUAUACAUGAUUUAAUUGAUAUUAUGUCAUCAUUCGAUCCAAAGGAUAAGAGAUUAUUUACUCAAUUCUUAACUGGAUCACCCAGACUACCGUUUGGUGGUUUCAAAACAUUGAAACCUAAAUUCACAGUUGUUUUAAAGCAUGCCGAGGAUGGUUUAUCUCCUGAUCAAUAUUUACCUAGUGUUAUGACAUGUGCAAAUUAUUUGAAGUUACCUAAAUAUAGUAAUCAAGAAAUUAUGCGCACAAGAAUCCAGCAGGCAAUUGAAGAAGGUGCUGGUGCAUUUCUCUUAUCGUAG